AUGGUGGAGGAAGCAGCUCCCGGAGCUGGCAGAAGGAUGAGCAGGUGGCUUCUCCUCAUUCUGGCCCUGGCUGAUUUCCGGCCCACCCAUGCCGGAGACCCUACCUGCAAGGGAGCCUGUGGAAGACGUCCGCUGGCGGUCAGUCAGUACUUGAGGAAGGCCAUGAGUGGCACUGACGUCCUGCCAGGAACAUGGCCCUGGCAAGUCAGCUUCCAGUACCCAAGCCAAGCUGGGCACUGGGUCCAUUUCUGCGGAGGUUCGCUCAUCAGCUCUCGCUGGGUCCUCAGUGCAGCCCACUGCUUGAAGAUCAAGACAUUGAGAAAAGUCUUUAAGGUGGUGGUUGGCAUCACCAAGCUCUCACAGCCUGGUCCCGAUGCCCAGCAGCGCCGGAUAAAGAGGGUGGUGGACUACAAACUCUAUGAGGACGACGAGUCGCUUCGCUACGGCCUCUCCGUGGUGGAGCUGGUGGAGCCGGUCCGCUGCAGCGACUACGUCCAGCCGGCCUGUUUGCCUGACGACAGCGUGGUACUUUCGAUGCUCACUCAUUGCUAUAUCAGUGGCUGGGGCGACAUGGAGCAUAAAAUAUCUGGCAUCCUGCAAGAAUCAAAGGUGAAACUCCUUUCCCUACAAACCUGCGGCAGCAAGAGCUGGUGGAAGCGGAAGGUGGCCGACGAGAUCCUGUGUGCUGGAUACGAGGAAGGAGGAGGCAACAGCCCCUGUGAGACCGACGUUGGUGCCCCGCUCAUGUGCCGGGAAGCAAGGUCUGAGCGCUACUGGGUGAUUGGCGUCGCCAGCUUGGGGGCGCCCAUCUGCGGCCAGGCAAAGCGGCCGGGCAUCUACAUCUCCACGCAGCACUACCUCCACUGGAUUGAAAGGACCACCCGGGAGAUGCUCUCUGCGCCCAGCCGCCAACCACUCCUGGCACAGAGCCAGGCAUCAGAUGCAACCACACCCAGCCCAAAGCAGGACCGUAGGGCUUUGCCCAUGCCCACUGGCAGGCCUUGGCCCAGGCCCACAAAACUGCACGCAGCUCCCUGCACCAGGCCCACCCAGCAGGGUCCUACACCACCAUCUGGGCGGCUGAGACACACAAGGUGGCACCCCAAGAAGGGAAGGCCCCAAGGCCAGGCCAGGCCUAGUGCCAAGCCAAACCAGGGGGCAGCACCUCCAGGCUAUGGGGAUUUUUACAGCUGGGAUCAGGGGUACAUUAACCCCAGGCCUCAAGCUCAGCCACCAGUUCUGCUGCCCGGGCAGCUGCCGCCAUGA